AUAGAAAUACGUUACACAUAUAUUUGUAUCAAUGCAUUACUGACGCGUAAUAAGUAAAAAAAAUUAAUGACGACUUGAAAAAAAUUAUUAAUUUUCCAGUGAAUUAAAAAAAUAUUUUUUUUUAUUAAUAAACAUUAAUUAAAAUUUAAAUAAUUAAUUGUAUGUGUACAGUACAUAUAUUGAAACAAAAGAAGAUCACAAGACUAAACAGUAGAAAUGGAUCCAGCACAUGGAUAUUGGCACGAAAAAUCUUCAGCUUUAAAAAUACCAGAUCGCACGAGUCAAAAUUAUGAGGAAACCAUUAAAUUGACAAUGGAACGUUUGCUAGAAUGCGAAGAACACUAUCCGAUGAUGAAGUAUCAGUUGAAAAGUAAAGAAAAGUCUUGUGAGAAAAUAAAAGAUGGUAAUAAAUAUUAUUUAACCCAAAGUAAAAUGGAAUUGGCACUAGAGUUAUUCACUCAGGGAAUAGCAUAUGCACCUUUGAGUUCAAAAGAACUGGCCAAAGGCUACGCAAAUCGGUCAGCAGUCACGUACGUGACUGGACAUCAUCAAGAUUCGCUGAAAGAUAUUGAACGGGCAUUGAAAAUUGGGUAUCCAGAUGAUUUGAAAGCCAAGUUGUACGCACGUCGUGCUAAAAAUUUACUGGCAUUGGAUCCAACGAUGCGGCCUGAAGUCGAAGAAGCAAUAAGUCAAGCUCGUCAUUGGAUGUCAGCAAUGAACUUCGCCAGUAGAAAGAAAAUUGAAAAUAUCUUACAGGAGCUCGUGGAUAUUUUUCCCACAGGAAUUGAAGAUUUAAAUCCUCAGAAAUUAGUUUUCCCAGUACCUAGUACUAAUACGAAAAUACUUCGAGCUUCGGAUGCUAUUGCUAUAAAAUACAAUGAACAAUCAGGACGUCAUAUUGUAGCUACCAGAAAUAUUGAUGUGGGAGAGACUGUCCUAGUUCAUGAGCCAUACGCGACAAUAAUCACUCCCGAGAAUUUAUAUCGUUACUGCUGGCACUGUUAUAAGCUCGUUAUGUCUGGAAUUCCUUGUCACGAGUGUGUUAAUGUUAUUUACUGCGAUGAAAAUUGUCUUAAUGAAGCAUGGAAGGAACAUCAUCACAUCGAAUGUCCUAUUAUCACUUCAAUGUUACUCAACAAUAUGAAAGCUCCUGAAAUUAUGGGUCUAAGAAUGCUUGUGAAAGCUCUAAAUGAAAUGGGAUCAAUUGAAAAUUUGAAAGACCAAGUUGACAAAUUAAAUUUACUCACUGAUCCUGUCAAUAAACUUUUAACUGAUGGAAUUUUCGACGACACUAAAUACGCUAGUGUUUUUGGAUUAGCAGCAGAUACUUCAUUUCUUUGGAAAUUACCAAAUUACACUUAUCAAUUGAAAAGUAUUUUUAUUUUAUAUUAUUUAGCAGCGACGACUGAUAAUAUAUUUGAUGGAAAAAUAACUGACUUCAAAGAUCUUGCUGAUGAUGAGCAAGCGUUAUUUAUCGGAGGCUUAUUGUUGAAACAUUUUGAUAUCGUUUUAUUGAAUUCAUGUUCGGCCCAGAUAUUUAGAGACGAGGAUGAAGAUGAAUUCAUACGAGGAAUAAUGCUUUUGCCAUUGAUAAGUUUAUGUAAUCACAGUUGUUUUUUCAACAUGUGUUUUCACACAUCCGGCCCUUCGGUUGCAUUCAAUGCUGUUCAAACAAUAAAACAAGGAGAACAAUUAACACUUAAUUACGGUGCUGAUUUUCAGCUUCAUAGUACGGAAGACCGAAGAAAAGUUCUUAAAAAUCGUUACAAUUUUUUGUGCAAUUGUGUCGCUUGUUUAAAUAACUGGGACCCUGAGACUGAAUUUCCCUCAUUAUCGGAACUAUCUGUACCUGAGGAAAUAAUGAGAAGAUUUCGAAUGGCAAUGGUUGAAGAUUUAGAAAAUUAUUUGUCAAUUUUUAAUUUCGAAUCGAAGUUAAUCGUAGAUGUUUCAAAAACUCUUGAAAGUAUCCUGAAAUUAUUUAAAUUAUUCGAAGAAAUAAAUAUUAGUUCUCCCUGUGCUGAGAUGAUUAAUCACAGAAGUGCUUUAGUUCUGUUGUACUUCCAGGGUUCUUAUUAAUCAUUUAUCUAAUUAUAUACUAUAAUUAUUUUUUCUUUAUUUAAAAUUACAAUUAUUUAAUUAAGAAGACUUUGUAAUUUAAAGACAAAGUACUCAUUUAAAUAAUAAAUUUUUGCUACCAUUUAAUUUGAGUUUUAAAUAUUUAGAUUUAAAUACUUAAUCUAAUUAUAAUUAAAAAUAAAAAUAUAUCAGCGUAUUUAUAUUUAAAACUGCGUACUUUAGUCUAAAAAUAAAAAAUUUUAUUUAUAUAUAAAGUUAAGACAAAGAAAUUUAAAUUCAUUAGUAAAUCGUUCUCUGGACAGUUGAGUGGACAAAUAAUUUAAAAUUUGAAUUUUAUUAUAAAUAUUUUUUAAGCGGGUAAUAAUUUUUUAAAUUUUAAUUCUUUUUAAAUAAAGAAUGCGGUGAUUUUGAAAGUGGUGCCCUCUUUUUAUAGAAAAAUCUCGUAUAAAAUCCAUCUCUACACGUGGUUGCAACAAGAUCAGCCAUUUUCCCGUUUGUGAAGAACCCAAAAGCCGCAAGUACCGAUCGCUAAGACAAGAUAUUGAGAUUCAUCAAAGAUAACAUUUAAUAAUAAUUGAAAAAAGUUUAAAAAAAAAUAAAUCAACAUGAGUGGACUAGUAAGAAAUUCAUUGUGUGCAUUUGGAUUAAAAAAUUUGUUAAAAUCAACUUCGGCAAAUAGAAUAA